AUGGCGGCGUCCCGUUACAAAGAUAAGGACGCCGGUGUGGUGCUGUCCUUUGGCGGCCAGUGGGUGAGCUGGUCGCACACUGCCGUCGCCUACUUGGCCUUCCUGAGCGCCCUUAUUGUGGGCUCCGCGUUACACUACAACAAAAUCGUGCAAAAUGAAUGGUACGGCUACCCGGACGAGUGGUUUCCGUCCGUCUCGGCCACCAUUGGGGACCGUUAUCCCGAGCGAUCCUUGUUUAUGAUCUUUAUCGCCAUCACAUCAGGGCCACGAUUUGCCCUCGUUGGGUUGUUCUACCUCCUUACCGCGAAACCCGGCCGUUCCCUCCCGAAAGCGGUCGCGAUCUCCGGCCUCAUACGAACACUAACAUGCGGCGGCUGGACCUACAUUACAUCGACCGACGACCAUGACUGGCACGACAUCCUGAUGAUUGCGUACAUCGUUUUCACCAUCCCUUGGACGACCGGCUGCAUCGUAUUGAGCCCCCCGAACCCGAAAGCGAUCAAGUAUCGGAAAUAUCUGGCCGCCGGCUUCUUCGGCACCCUGGUGCCUCUGGUUUAUUUCUUCAUCCAGCACAAGGUGCACCGUGUGGCGGGUGCCUACACAAUUUACGCCUUCUUCGAGUGGACCUUGAUCCUUCUCGAUGUUGCCUUCGAUGCCGUCACCGCGCUAGACUUUAGCACUUUCGAGGUGGUGAUCAGGGACGUUAAGGGCACGACCAAGGGUGCUAGCAAGUCGUCUGUGCCCACCGCUGCGACUGAGAAGGAAAACGAGGCGAUUGCCGAUUUCUUUGCGACAGAGUACCGUUUGAGCGAUGCAUUGGAUAUCGCCGCCGAUGUCUACCAUGGGUUUGUUUUCUGGUCCAUCCUGACCAGUCUGGGACUCUGUGUGUGGUACUUCCCACUCUGGCACAUGGGCAUUUCGGGUUUCGAGGCGCUCAUCAUGACCACGGUAUCGCCCGCGUUUCUCGCCAUCAAGCCGAUCCGUUCCCUCGUGGUGAAGAACCAACGCGCUGUCCACCUGUCUUCCCUCGCCGGCCUUGCGGCGUACCUGGUGGAGGAUCCCACUUACCGGGUUUUCGCCGUCGGGUUUGGUGUUUCGGCCACCUGCCUCGGGUGGGCGGCCACUCUGUACUCGGACUCGGUCCAGCCUGCGAGGUUGGAACGGCGUGUUCUGGCCUGGACCGUCGGGCUUCUCAUGUCGUCGGUCGCCAAGUUCGCGUGGUAUACCAACAACCCGAUCUGGCCGAUCAUGCACGCGGCCAACGGAGGAUGGAACGCAACCGGACUGGUGCUUGCCGGGCUCGCUGCGUUCCGCUUCACCCGCCUUGCGCCGUUGCAGGGAGGAAACCCGGUCAGUGAGAAGAGUGGAUCGGCCGUGCUUUCAUCUUUUGGCAUCGGCGGUUUGUUCUUUGCUUUGCACUCGCUGCUGUCCGAUACCAGCACCAUGAUCUUGUGGGUGUGGGACGGGUACCCGAUCAAGGGUCCUGUCUCGAAUGUCCACGGCUGGUACACCAUUGCCGCCAUGACUGUCGGUUUCGUCGCCGGCAUCUCACGCCCUGCGCUCGUCGGUACUUGGACUGCCUACGGUAUCGGCUGCCUGGGCGCCACUGUCCUCACGCUCUAUGAGCAGUGGUUUGGGUACUAUGGGGCUUUGGUGCUGACCGCGUAUCUCACGGCCAUCUCCGUUCCUCUGAUCAGCAAUGCGGCGAAGAAAAGCCCUGCCGUGACGUUUGGGCUCGGCUUCUUCCUCUACAACCUUGUGGUCUUGUUCCACGUGUGGGUUGUCGCAUAUGCCUUUGUUCCCGGCGGUCCCCUGGUUCGCGAGCGGACCGACUGGGUCAUGCUCACGACGAUGCUGUUGAUUGGGGCCGGCGUGUUCAACCUGAUCACGCAACAGGCCCAGACUGCCCAGAAGAACGCUGCGCCCCGUCGCCCGCGGAACAACACGAACCACCGCAAGUACCACUUUAGCGUGCUGGGUCUCCUCAACGUGCUCUUCCUCUGCGCCAACUUCCUGCGCUUCCCCAGCAACGACUACAAGCCAUACCACCCCGAAGACCGGUUGCUGACUGCGGGCAUCUGGACGAUCCACUUUUCCCUGGACAACGACAUGUGGUCAUCCGAGUACCGCAUGCGUGACCUGAUCAAGGAACUCGAGGUCGAUGUCGUCGGGUUGCUCGAAUCCGACCUCCAGCGCAUCAUCAUGGGCAACCGCGACACGACGCAGUUCCUCGCCGAAGACCUCGGCAUGUAUGUCGACUACGGGCCGGGCCCCAACAAACACACCUGGGGCGCAGCCCUGCUCUCCAAAUUCCCCAUCCUCAACUCGACUCACCACCUUCUCCCCAGCCCCGUCGGCGAGCUUGCUCCCGCCAUCCACGCCACCCUCGACGUCUACGGCACCGCCGUCGACGUUUUCGUCUUCCACUCCGGCCAAGAAGAAGACCCCGAAGACCGCCGCCUCCAGUCCGAGUACCUCGCCAAACUCAUGGGCUCCACCCCGCGCCCGAGCAUCCUCCUCUCCUACCUCGUCACCAACCCGCUCGAGGGCAACUACAACACGUACGUCUCCCCCACCAGCGGCAUGCACGAUGUAGACCCCACCGACGACGACCGGUGGUGCGAGUACAUCCUGUUCAAGGGCCUGCGACGCACGGGGUAUGCCCGUGUCAGCCGCAGCACGAUUACGGACACGGAGCUGCAGGUGGCUAAGUUUGUGGUGCCGGCGUCGGAGUCGGACUUUGUGUCGACUUGGACGGCGCCGAAGACGUUGAGGAAUCGCCGGGUGCCGGAGGAGGAGACGGCCGAGGGGUUGAGGUUCCCGGCGAUGUUUAGGGGGGAUGGGGUUAGGGAUCAUCGGUAUCAUGUUUUUGAUGAGCCGAGGUAUUAUGCUUUUUAG